UGCUCUGGAGUCGGUGCUUAAACUGUGCGUGUGAUUUCAGCUGCUUAACGACGGCUGUUAAAAAAAAAAAAAAAAAAAACUACCUGGACAGGACCGCUGAACCUCUGGAGCCGGAGGAGGACCCGCGCAGACAUGUCAGAAAGCGCCGGGUGCGAGUUUGAAAUCGACGUGGAGAGCCUGGAGGCGGAGGGCGACGACCAGGCCGCCGCCGCCGGCUCCGAGGACGAGGGAGACGGCGUCAAGGCCGACUACAAGCCGGGACCCGGCGGCGGCGGCGGAGGCGCGUGUCCGCCGGGCCCCGGCGAACACCGGAAGCUGAGCCGGACGCCGAAGUGCGCGCGCUGCCGGAACCACGGCGUGGUCUCGUGCCUGAAGGGCCACAAGCGCUUCUGCCGCUGGAGGGACUGCCAGUGCGCCAACUGCCUGCUGGUGGUGGAGCGGCAGCGGGUCAUGGCGGCGCAGGUGGCCCUGAGGAGGCAGCAGGCCACGGAGGACAAGAAAGGAAUAUCCGGGAAAACGAUCCCGGUGGAGAGGAGGACGAUAUAUCAGCGGCACAUUCGACCGUCCACCAUGCUCGCCAAAAGCAUCCUGGAAGGGUACCGCCCGGUGCAGAGCGACUCGUUCCUGGCGGCCCUCCCCCCGCCGCUGAGCGACCGCAUGAGGAAGAGGAGGGCCUUCGCCGACAAGGAGCUGGAAACCAUCAUGCUGGAGCGGGAGUACAAGGAACGAGAGCUGCUGGAGAACAGCCAGGCGACCUCGCUCAUCUUCCCCAACGGCAUGGCUCACCACGCCGCCGCCGCCGCCGAGUACAACUACAAGACGUCCUACUCGCCGGCGGCUCCGGCCGAGCCGCAGCCCAAGGAGCUGUGCGGCUACCUCGGCCCCAACUGCCUGGAUCUGUCCAUGCAGUACCCGGCCGGCUCGGCCAACGUCGAGCUCAUCUCCUCCAACGUCAGCGUGGCCACCACCUACCGCCACUACCCGCUGCAGCCGUCACGUGGCUGCGGCGGCGGUGGAGGCGGCGGCGGCUUUGUGAUGUGGCCCCGCGGUGCCGCCAACCUGGGCGACGCCCUGCUCUACCAGCAGUGCCUGUUCAACGCCACGGCGGUGCAGAACAUGAAGCCGGGCGCGGCGUGGGAGCCCAAGGCGCCGCCCGGCGAGAGCCAGCCGCCGGAGCUGGAGGCCGCCGCGGCGGCCAAGCUGGGAGGAUCCCGAGCGGCGGCUCUAGCGCCGGACUCAUCGGACCCCAAACGUCCCGGUGUCGCCCAGGGGGGGCAGCGGGAUCGCUCGGCCUUCUCUCCGCCCAAGAGGAGCUUCGGACAAUCCUUCCCCGGCAACCCUCAUUGCCAAAACUCCGGCCAGGUCCUGAACAAGCUGAGCAAGGACAGCGCCAAGCUGUCCAUGAAACUCAACUCCUUUCACUCCCUCGUCAGGCACUCGCUGGACGAGAAAACCGGCGGCGGCGGCGGCGGGCUGGAGCUCAGGACCCCGUACUGCAAAGAGCUCCUGGAGGAGGCCGCCCGCAAGUUCAGGGAGGGCUCCGCCGUGGACAUUCAGGCCGUGAAAAUCACCGACAGGUACGCCAAAGACUUCCUGUCCAAGCCGGUGGGGACCAAGAUGGCGUCCGGCGAGUCCUUGUCCUUCUCGGUGGAGGCCAUCCUGAAGAGACCGGCGCCCGCCAUGAGCCGAGCAUUCCAUUAAUAUCCACUCGGUGUCUUCUUCUUGCACUAUAAACUAUCAGGUUUGUCUCAGUUAGUCCACAAGUUGUGGUUUUUCUUUGGGGGGGGGGGGGGUCAAACUUAAUCUUAAACUCGGAACAAUUUGUUUUCCCCCCGUGUAAUAUUUAUGUACAGUAUAUUAUAUUUUCCACGUGCAUGUUUUUAAUAACUUUAUUGUGUAGAGUAUUUAAACAUUAUCCCGAUGU